AUGAUGGCUCGCAAUGCAGCCUUGAUGGGUGCACUGGGUCUCAAGCAAGCGGCUGUGAAGGCGAUGGGACCGGAUGGGUUGGUCGAAAAGGCAAAGAAGCCCACGAAGAGAAAGAUGCCAAGCAAGGAGCUUGCGCCCGAGAAACGGAGACAGUCGUCGCGCCUACAGAGCGAUUCUUUGAUGAGUGAUUCUUCGAUGGACGUGGACCAAGCGGAUGUGGGUGAUCGUUCCGGGUUGCAAGAUGGAGGAGAUUUCGCGUCAAUGGAUGUGGACGAGGCUGGCGCUGGAUCAGGAGUGAGUGGAGAUGCGGAGGAUUUGGCACCGCUGAACUCGGAAGCGAAUGCUCCAAGUCCCAAGACUCUGGACAACGCAACUCUGGCUGAUGAGGGCGGCUCUGAGGGCGGCACGAUUGCAGGGGGGGCAGCCAAGCCCGACUCGGAUGCUCCUGAGCCGCAUUCCCCACCUGCCCCCGACCCGCAAGUCCCGACCACACGUCCCCGCUGCCCCGAUAAAGCUGCUGUCUGGUUCCAGAAUGCACACAAGAAGUUCAUGGCAGUGGAUCUUGGACCGGAUUUUGAUGCUGUUGUCACUGCCUGGAUGAGGGUAGAGGAUGCGUCGCGGUAUGCCGCAGGCGACGAGGGUAUCUCCUCCAAUCAUCGGCCUGCGGCAGUGACAACCUGGAUCCGGAGGAAGAGGACCAAGAUUCCGUCGAUUCCGGACACUGAUGCAUAUCCGAUGCAGUGGGAGAAGUGGUGGACAACUCUGCAACCGGAAUGGCGGGUUGCGGACACUGUCGGUGGAGCAGGAUGGUCACGGGUGGAGUACGGAGCUGGUGGUCGAGAGUGGGGCCCGCUUUACAGGUGGGGUCCCAAUGGUGCUCAGAAUCUGGUCGCUGCGUUUUAUUUCUGGGGACUGCGGCUGCGAGAGUCGUCAACAAGUAACCAGAUCGCUGUAUGGAAUGAAGCUGUGCAGGACCUCGGUUGGAUGCUCGAGGGAUUGGCUUCAUUCUACGAGCUAUGGAAGAAGCUCCUGGUAGUGCUUUUAACAUUGUAUUUGUGUAGUCUAUGCACGUGA